CAGAGGCGAAAAUUGUGAAAUCAGAGUUGACUUCUGCAUAAACCACAGAUGUGAAAACAAUGCUAAAUGCAUCAGCUUCCAUGAUGAUGAUUUCAAGAAGGCUCGCCAAGGCCAGUGCCCCAAGGUUGAUGGUGGUAUUGGUAUAUGUGUAGAGAGUUGUGCCAAGGGUGGGAAGGGUGAGAUGGCUUGCCCUGAUGACAAACUAUGCUGUAGUAAUGGCUGUGGCCAUACCUGCAUGGAACCAAUAUAUGAUGAUGACAUGCGUACAGCAUCUUCUGAAUCAGGUUCAGGUUCAGGUUCAGGUUCAGGUUCAGGAGAUAUGGAUGACAAAGACAUGGAGG